AAACAUCGUCCAAUGAGGACGACGCAUACUGUUCCCAUUUACGUAUAUAUACCGGUCGACAGUGUGUUCGAACCACAUCAGUCGUCCGACAUCCACGUUUUGCACACCAACUCAGAACAAUCUAAUCCAGCAGCGCAAUGGCACGUACCAAGCAGACAGCUCGUAAAUCCACCGGCGGAAAGGCGCCCAGGAAACAGUUGGCCACCAAAGCCGCACGUAAGAGCGCACCCGCCACCGGAGGAGUGAAAAAACCACAUCGUUACCGUCCGGGAACCGUUGCCCUCCGUGAAAUCCGUCGUUAUCAGAAGAGCACAGAACUUUUGAUCCGCAAAUUGCCGUUCCAACGUCUAGUGCGCGAGAUCGCCCAGGACUUCAAGACCGACCUGCGUUUCCAGAGCUCCGCCGUCAUGGCGUUGCAAGAAGCCAGCGAGGCAUACUUGGUAGGUCUGUUCGAAGACACCAAUCUUUGCGCGAUCCACGCCAAGCGUGUCACCAUCAUGCCAAAGGACAUCCAGUUGGCCCGUCGUAUCCGCGGUGAACGUGCUUAACUUGA